UGCGGAAGUGGCGCUGCAGACCUCCAGUCUGUUUUUGUUUACUUAAUAAAUAUGAUGCACGUGUAGUGUUUAAAUCUGUUCAGAACGCUGGGAAUUUGGUUUGGAUCAUUCCGACUCAUUUCUUUUUCGACAGGAAGUUCAUAAUGCAUUAAUUGAUAAAUAGAAGCUCGUUAUGAGGAGCAGUUCGUCCGUUUCUCUGGCUGCUGGUCGCAGUUCGAGCUCGGUUCGGCUGAUUAGCCCACCCGCGUGCCCGUUAGCCGCUGCUGUUGACGCUGCCAUUGAAUAUUUAAUGGUAAAGAAAGACUUUCAGGCUGCUCUGGACACGUGUGAGACAGGACUGGAGAGUUUGAGUUCUACUGGAGAACAGGAGGAGAGUUGCUUCAAGCAUGGAGAAUUGAAAGCAGCUUUGACUAUAGUGGGGAUUCAAGCAUUGGCUGAACUCAAUCAGUGGCGUGGAGUGCUGACAUGGGUUCUGCAACAAUAUGGAGAAACAGAGAAAAUCCCUGCCAAAAUUAUCCAGAUGUGUGUUCUGCUUUAUGUGAAAGUGAAUGAUCGGUCAGUGAUGAAGGAUGCAGUCUGUAAUUGGCUGCACUGCUCUGGGAACAUGAGCCAAACAGGGUUCAGCACUGUGGCUGAACUGUAUCUCCAGCACAUACUGGUACCAAUGGGCCAAACAUCUGAAGCUCUGGAGUUUCUGGACAGUGAUGUGGGUCGAGUUGCCUUCACUGAGGAACAAAAACAGGCUGCCCGUAGUUUAGUGAACCUACAAAAUGAGACAAAUGCAACAUUGUCCAAUCCACAUCCUGAAUCUGUAGCGACAACUAGUGUUUCACAACAAGAUAUGUUGAUGCAGCGGCUGAAUUCUGUAAUGAGGUUGUUUCAUAGAGGGUUCUCAGUAGCCAGUGCGAGAAUUAGAUCUAUCUCUCUGCGCAGAGUUUUCCUGGCUUUAUUACUGCUAUACCUGCUAAUUGUCCGUAUUGAUCCAGCUCUACCUUCAGCAUUCCCAUGGCUGCUCCACUUACAUGGACUUCUUCAGCAGACUUGGAACACCAUGUUUGGACCCUAUUACAGAGCCAACGCCCAUAAUUAGGUUUUAGCGCAAUCUAUGGACUUUUUAGACGGUCCCUUACCACACCCUCCACAGUGUCAGCACAUUUCAGCACAAUGUGUGAACUUUUCAGACGACCCCUUACAGAUCGUUAAUUUAACAAUGAUAUGGGUUGGA